UUUUGGAAGCGAGGAGAGUAUCAAGUGAUCUGGCCUACUGAAGAGGAGACUGAAGCCGUCUCUGAGUGGAGAUUUUGGACUUGCAGGAGGAAGGCUCUGUGUGUCCCCUCCAUGUGGCAGAACUGCUCCUCCUUACCAAGGAAGUCAAAGUGAAGGAAAUAGGUCAAGGGCAGCUUUUACAUUCCACCCAAAAGGCACCACAGUUUGAGAUGAGGAAUUCAGAAGAGCAAGCAGCUACGACAGUUUUACAGCGCCUGCUGCAGGAGCAGCUCAGAUACGGAAACCCAAAUGACAACCGUAACCUUCUUGCCUUACACCAGCAAGCCACAGGAAAUGCCCCCCCUUUCAACAGCACUGGGAGUCCAGCAUCUCAGAACGAAGGGCUGAGCUCCCAGGACCACCAGCUUGUGACUCAUGCUGCCCGUCAGGAGCCCCAGGGCCAGGAGAUACAGGUGGACAACAGCAUCAUGGAGAAGCAGCUCUCCCCGCGACUUCAGAACAGCGAGGACCUCCCAACCUAUGAGGAAGCCAAAGUCCAGUCACAGUAUUUCAGGGGCCAGCCGCAUGCUAGUGUCGGGGCAGCGUUUUAUGUAACAGGGGUCACCAACCAAAAGAUGAGGACUGAAGGGCGGCCCACGGUUCAGCGGGUGAGCCCAGGGAAGGUCCACCAGGAUGAAGGACUUAAGGACCUCAAGCAAGGGCACGUCCGCUCCUUGAGCGAGAGGCUGAUGCAGCUCUCCUUGGCUACCAGCGGUGUCAAAGCCCACGCGCCUGUCACGAGCGCGCCGCUCUCCCCCCUCUCUCCGCUUUCUCCUCAGCAGUCCAGCGACCCUUAUAAAAAUUCUGGCUCCAAUGAGUUCUACAAGAACUCAGUGCAGCCCCCUUCCCAGCCCAACAUGAAAGGAAUGGAGCAGCGGGGUCCUCCUCCGGAGUAUCCUUACAAAAAUGUCUCCACCCCGUCUAUGAACUGCAAACCUCAGGACUCGGGACAUUUCUAUAGUGAUCAUCGCAUGAGCCAGCAGGGAAGAACUGAUGGGCCUAUGAUGAGGUAUCAGCAUCCCCCCGAGUAUGGGUCAGUCAGGCAGAACCCAGAUGUGCAGCUGCAGUUACAACAGAGACCACCUCACCACCACAGCCCAACUUCUUCCUUGACGUCCCUGGGAUCUUUGACUUUGCUUCAGUCUCCACCACCGUCCAGGCUGUCCCCUUCCCAGCAUCAGCAACCUCUGACUCCAAGCCAGGGAGAUCCUGGCAUUCUGCCACGGACCCAGCAGCCGUUCUUGUCAAACCAAGUCCAUCAGGGAGAUUUGUACCGACUAUGUCAGCCCUUCCUAGGCCCGCAGCAGCAGCAGCAAGGCGAUUCCUAUUCAGUAAUGUCCCGGGCUCAGCAGAUACCUUCCCCAUAUCAGCAGAUGCAAGUAGAUCCUUUUGCCAUAGUUUCCAGGGCCCAGCAGAUGGUGGAAAUCCUGUCAGAAGAGAACCGGUCUCUACGACAGGAGCUGGAUGGGUGUUACGAGAAGGUAGCCCGGCUGCAGAAGCUGGAAACAGAAAUUCAGCAAGUUUCAGAGGCUUACAAAAACCUGGAGAAAUCAUCCUCUAAGCGGGAUGCCCUGGAAAAGGCCAUGAGAAACAAGCUGGAAGGAGAAAUUCGUAGGCUUCAUGAUUUCAACAGGGAUCUAAGAGAACGUAUGGAGACAGCCAACAAGCAGCUUGCGGAGAAGGAAUUUGAGGGGUCUGAAGACAAUCGGAAAACCAUCUCUCAACUCUUUGCACAAAACAAGGAAACGCAGCGGGAAAAAGAGAAACUGGAAAUAGAACUUGCUGCUGCACGCUCCACCAACGAGGACCAGCGAAGACACAUCGAGAUCCGAGACCAGGCCUUGAACAAUGCUCAGGCCAAGGUGGUGAAACUGGAGGAGGAGCUCAAAAAGAAGCAGGUCUAUGUUGAGAAGGUGGAGAAGAUGCAGCAGGCCUUGGUUCAGCUGCAGGCAGCGUGUGAGAAACGGGAACAGCUGGAACAUAGGCUGCGGACCCGGCUCGAGAGAGAACUGGAAUCUCUCCGGAUGCAGCAGCGUCAGGGUACAUCUCAGGCUGCCAACGUCUCCGAGUACAACGCCACGGCGCUUAUGGAACUCCUGCGUGAGAAGGAGGAAAGGAUUCUUGCUCUGGAAGCUGACAUGACCAAGUGGGAACAGAAGUACCUGGAGGAGAGUGUGAUGAGACAGUUUGCUUUGGAUGCAGCUGCAACUGUGGCUGCUCAGAGGGACACGACAGUGAUCAGCCACUCACCUAACCCUAGCUAUGACACCUCGCUGGAAGCUCGCAUUCAGAAGGAGGAGGAGGAGAUCCUGCUUGCCAACAGGAGGUGUCUCGACAUGGAGGGAAGGAUUAAGACUCUGCAUGCUCAGAUCAUUGAGAAGGAUGCCAUGAUCAAAGUCCUGCAGCAGCGCUCCCGGAAGGAGCCUGGUAAGACAGACCAGCUCUCCUCAAUGAGACCUGCCAAGUCGCUGAUGUCCAUUUCGAACGCUGGCUCGGGCUUGCUGUCCCACUCGUCGACACUGAGCAGCACUCCCAUCCUGGAGGAGAAGAGGGAGGACAAGAGCUGGAAAGGCAGCCUCGGUGUUCUGCUGGGAACAGAAUAUCGCUCCGAAUCCAUUCCCUCCACCCCCUCUCCUGUCCUUCCUUCCACACCGUUGCUGUCAGCCCACUCGAAAACAGGCAGCAGAGACUGCAGCACCCAGACUGACCGGGGGAACGAACAAAGCAAAGCUGCACCUUCCACUGCAGCUCCCACACCAGGACGACUCCCCAGUACCAACCUGGCCUACAGUGCAGACAAAACAGAUGGGCCACUCUUCCACUCCAGCACUCUUGAGAGAAAAGCCCCUGUUCAGACCAUGGGGCAGGACCUCCCAGAUGGAGAGAUGGUAGAAUACCUCAUCUGAAAGGCUGUACCAGGAUCUGAGCUGGGCUACAGUAGCAAGAAUUUUUUAAAAGACAUUUUUAUUGGGAAAAAAUUGUAGUACCUGAGUAAUAAAAGAACACUCAGCUCUUUGCUCUUGUAUAUUAUGUCUCAAAAGUAUGGACAGGUUAAUUUAUCAUUUGUUCUAAAUUAUAAAAAACCCAUAACACUUGUUCUUUGAAAGUUUACCCCUUUAUUUUUUAAAUACUGGAUCUGGUAACAUCUGGAGAACAAACAAGAACUUAGGUGCACUACAUCUGAUAUUUCACUUCAGUAUUUUUAAAGUCUCUUAAACGGGAGUACCUACUCUCAUAGCUGUUGGUUACACGUCUAGCUUGAACUCAGUAAGGUGAGCGUAGUGGCCUUAUGACGAGAACCAGGGACUUAGUUGUGAGAUCACUUAAUGGUUUUGGAAUACAAAUGUUCUAAGAAACUUCUAUAAAUUUGAGCUGUGAUCAAGGGAGAUUUCUCUUUACACUCAGUGUAAGAACUCAGAAUAGGUAUUUCACAUUCAUAGGCUGGAAAGAUUUCCAUUUUCAGUGUGGUAACAUUUUUUUUUUUUUUACUUCCCAAA